CCAGCGGGGCCACGCCCCCGGCAGCCCGCUAGUGGAAACACCAGGGGACCCGACCCAGACUGAGAGUCCCGUCCGUGGGGUACAGCAUGCGGAACAGCGUGUGGUUGUCAGCCGUGUUGUCUGCUCUGGGGAUGUCAACCUACAAGCGGGCCACGCUGGACGAAGAGGAUCUGGUGGACUCACUCUCUGAGGGCGACGUGUACCCCAAUGGCCUACAGGUGAACUUCCGAAGCCCCCGGAGUGGCCAGAGGUGCUGGGCAGCUCGGACCUCGGUGGAGAAGAGACUGGUGGUGCUGGUGGCGCUUCUGGCAGCAGGCCUGGUAGCCUGCCUGGCAGCCCUGGGCAUCCAGUACCGGACAAGAACGCCCCCAGUAUGUCUGACCGAGGCCUGCGUCUCAGUGACCAGCUCCAUCCUAAACUCCAUGGACCCCACAGUAGACCCUUGUCAGGACUUCUUCAGUUAUGCCUGUGGGGGCUGGAUCAAAGCCAACCCCGUGCCUGAUGGCCACUCACGCUGGGGGACCUUCAGCAACCUCUGGGAACACAACCAAGCCAUCAUCAAGCAUCUACUGGAAAAUUCCACGGCCAGUGUGAGCGAGGCAGAGAGGAAGGCCCAGGUGUACUACCGUGCAUGUAUGAACGAGACUAGGAUCGAGGAGCUUCGGGCCAAGCCCCUGAUGGAGCUGAUUGAGAAGCUCGGAGGCUGGAAUAUCACAGGACCAUGGGCCAAGGACAACUUCCAGGACACGCUGCAGGCGGUCACGGCUCAGUACCGCACCUCACCCUUCUUCUCCGUCUAUGUCAGUGCCGACUCCAAGAACUCCAACAGCAACGUGAUCCAGGUGGACCAAUCCGGCCUCGGCUUGCCCUCUCGAGACUAUUACCUGAACAAGACAGAAAAUGAGAAGGUACUGACUGGAUACCUCAGCUACAUGGUACAGCUGGGGAAGCUGCUAGGCGGUGGGGACGAGGACUCCAUCCGGUCCCAGAUGCAGAUGAUCCUGGACUUCGAGACAGCGCUGGCCAACAUCACCAUCCCCCAGGAGAAGCGUCGGGAUGAGGAGCUCAUCUACCACAAAGUGACGGCCGCCGAGCUGCAGACCUUGGCACCCGCCAUCAACUGGUUACCCUUCCUCAACACCAUUUUCUACCCGGUGGAGAUCAAUGAGACUGAGCCCAUCGUGGUCUACGACAAGGAAUACCUAGGACAGGUGUCCACCCUCAUCAACAACACUGACAAAUGCCUCCUCAACAACUACAUGAUGUGGAACCUGGUACGGAAAACAAGCUCCUUUCUGGAUCAGCGCUUUCAGGAUGCCGAUGAGAAGUUCAUGGAGGUCAUGUACGGGACGAAGAAGACCUGUCUUCCCCGCUGGAAGUUUUGCGUGAGUGACACGGAAAACAACCUGGGCUUCGCGCUGGGUCCCAUGUUUGUGAAAGCAACCUUCGCUGAAGACAGCAAGAAUAUAGCCAGUGAGAUAAUCUUGGAAAUCAAGAAGGCGUUUGAGGAGAGCCUGAGCACCCUGAAGUGGAUGGAUGAAGACACCCGGAGAUCGGCCAAAGAGAAGGCGGAUGCCAUCUACAACAUGAUAGGGUACCCCAACUUCAUCAUGGACCCCAAGGAGCUGGACAAAGUGUUCAAUGAUUACACAGCAGUUCCUGAUCUCUACUUUGAGAACGCCAUGCGCUUUUUCAACUUCUCAUGGAGGGUCACAGCUGACCAGCUCAGGAAAGCCCCCAACAGAGAUCAGUGGAGUAUGACCCCACCCAUGGUGAAUGCUUACUACUCACCCACCAAGAACGAGAUUGUGUUUCCAGCUGGAAUCCUGCAGGCGCCGUUCUAUACCCGCUCUUCACCCAAUGCCUUGAACUUUGGUGGCAUUGGUGUCGUCGUGGGCCACGAAUUGACUCAUGCCUUCGAUGAUCAAGGCCGGGAGUAUGACAAGGAUGGGAACCUCCGGCCCUGGUGGAAGAACUCGUCUGUGGAGGCGUUCAAGCAGCAGACGGAGUGCAUGGUGCAGCAGUACAGCAACUACAGUGUGAACGGGGAGCCUGUGAACGGUCGGCACACCCUCGGGGAGAAUAUCGCCGACAACGGGGGACUCAAAGCAGCCUACCGGGCGUACCAGAACUGGGUAAAGAAGAACGGAGCCGAGCAGACACUGCCCACCCUGGGGCUCACGAGCAACCAGCUCUUCUUCCUCGGAUUUGCACAGGUCUGGUGCUCCGUCCGAACACCUGAGAGCUCCCAUGAAGGCCUCAUCACCGACCCGCACAGCCCCUCCCGCUUCCGGGUAAUCGGCUCCCUCUCCAACUCCAAGGAGUUCUCAGAACACUUCCACUGCCUGCCCGGCUCCCCCAUGAACCCUCAUCACAAAUGCGAAGUCUGGUGAGGGCUAAAGCGCAGAGAUCACACAGACAGACGGAAGGAGGAAAGGGGCCUGCGACCAGCUCCCUCCAGCCUCCGGGACACCGCCCAGCCUCUCUGCCGCCUAGGGCCCCUUCCCUACCCUGGAGGGUAUGUAGCCAUUCUGUCCAAGCCUGCGAUGGAGGCUCAUCACUCGAGCCCAAGGUUUGACCCUCUCUGAAGCCCUGGCACCCCAGACACCCAGGUGUGAGGCUAGCAGGCAUUUGGGCGUCCAGCUGGUGGCUUGCCAGCCCUGCGUCUCACGCUGACGGUGGCAAUGGGACACAGAUCCUUGCCUACAUCCAGUGCCAGAAAUACCACAAUACCACUGUGUCAAAUGCUUUAAAGAUAUAUUUUUUGGGGAGACUUAUUUUUUAAGCAUGGAAUACACUGGAAAUCUUCAGGGAAAAAUGCAUUUAAAACACUUUUUUUUUAAAGGAAAGAUUAGUAUAUUUAUUAUGUUUUCUUUUUCUAAGUAACCUGUGGACAAAGGAAGCCCCAUUGAUAUACCCCCAGAGGACCCCAGGCUGCUGAAUGGGCGCCCCCAUAUUGAGCACUAAUUUUAGCCCAUUGUUGGUGUGAUGGCUUGUGCAGUCGCCCAUGUGACAGGGGACAUAGGGGCCAGACAGAGCAAGGCGCCAACUGAAGGGGCUAGUGUGGGCACAACCUUCUCAGCUUACCUGUCCUGUCUCUGGAGUCCAACCACAGGAGCCCCAUCAAGUUGAUACCUGUGGCAGCAUGAAGCCAUAAUAGAGGGCCCUCCAAAUAACUUGGGGGUGCCUGAACAAUCUAGUCUAGACCAUAGGAGCCCCUUGGGGCUGAGAUAACUGCCCCCCAUCAGAUGCACACUGUUGUCCAAAGAUGUCUUUUUUUUUUUUUUUUUUUUGUCCCACCUCUCCUGGCCUUGGACCCUGCUGCCUCUCUGUAGUAAUCCCCGACAUCCUGAAGUGGUCAGCCUCACUGACCCUCUGCAUCAAGGGAAAAGAAAAAAGAGAAAGCAGUCCAGUUCUCCCUCCAAGCUCUGUAGCCUGUAGUUACCCUGGCCUGGUUCCCAGGAACCCCUUUCUCUAGUGCCUUACCCGAGG